AACAAAACAACACCUGCUUCUAGUCCCUUCAAAAUCCACUUCGAAGACAACCUCAAAAAUAAAGUUAGAAUUUGUUUAUAAAUUUCUCCUUCAAAAAAAUGCCUCCAAAAUCUUCAAAUAAGAAAUCCCAAGCCUCUUGGUUUGCCUGUGACAAAUGCCAUAAAUCUAUUAUUUCCAAAGAUCGAGAUAAUCACGAACAAAAUUGUUCCAACCAAGAUAAUGCUUGCUUCGCCUAUGACUACAUUCAAGAUCACCGGCUUUACACCAUGAAUUUUACAAAACGAAAUUUUACAAUUGAUGAAUUAAAUGAUACACCACCUAAAUUUGUAAAUAAUUUGGUUUUCAUUAGCGAAGGUGCUAUGAAAUUAUGUGGAUUCCGAAUUGGUCAACCCAUUGUCAUACGUUCGAGAGCUAACACAGAACUUGCAUCUGUUGUUCGCUGUGCUUGGCCAAUUUCAGAAAAAUUUCUUUCUACUGUGUUUUUCAGUAUUGAAGAUUUUGAAACAAACUGGCAAAGCUUCAUAAACACUCCAAUUAGCCUUGAAAAGCUCUCCAAAAGUGCUGAACCAGCUAAAAGAGUUUGUCUAAAAUCUACAAACCAACAAGACCUUGAAAAUUUGUCUCUUUCUGAUGUCAAGCUUAUGCUUAAAAAGCAAAUGAAGGAUUCAAUAUUUAUCAGUGGCAACAAAGUCUUUCUUAAUUUCUAUAAUAAGCAAUUGGAGUUUGUUGUGGCUUCCCACAACUCUUCUCUUAUUGAAUCAGAAAUCACUUUAGAAUCUGAACUUGAAAGACUCAGUCUAAAAGACAAAUUCUUCACUGUUGUCAAUUCCACUUCAGUUGAAAUAGAAACAAAAAAUGUGGAAUCUAAAGGCAAUUAUGACCUCCAAUCCUGCUCUUUUAGAAAUGGGGAUAUUGGGGGAUUAAGAGAACAAUUGCAAAAGGUUGAAGAAUCAAUGCGAAUAGCAUUGGGAUUAAAUAAAUUACCAAAAGGUGUAAAAGUUUCGCGAGGACUUCUAUUAUUCGGUCCAACAGGCUGUGGCAAGACAAUGAUUUGUGAAGCAAUGGCUAAUGUUUCUUCAGCUCAAGUAAUUCGCAUUAAUACCAGCGAAUUAUUCAGCAAAUUCCUCGGAGAAACCGAGAAGAAUCUUACUCAACAGAUUGAAGCGGCAUUUCGUCACUAUCCGCAACCAACUCUCAUCAUCGUUGAAGACAUUGAAAAUCUCUGUCCCAAACAAGAGACCAAUGAGACUGUGAAACGUGUCUCGGUUGCCUUUCUCUCAAUUUUGGAUAGCUUUAAUCUGCGCCAGGAUGCGACUAGGCUAUUUGUUCUAGCAACAACGGCAAAUAUUGAAAAUCUGAAUGCAGGAGUUCGACGAUCUGGUCGCUUAGACUGUGAGGUUGAGGUUCCUGCACCUAGUCCACAAGCUCGUUUGGAAAUACUCAAAUGUCAUCUAACCAAUAUUGAACAUGAUCUAAAGGAUGAGUUUAUCACGGAAGUCUCAAACGUUACACACGGUUUUGUUGGUUCAGAUCUUUCAAAUCUCAUCUAUACAGCCUCUUUGAAUGCUGUAAAGAAUGGCCGAGUCAAAAUCCAAACAGACGAUAUAAAUGAUGCUUUGAGUCAGGUCAAACCAAGUGCAAUGCGAGAGGUUCUUAUCGAAAAUCCCAAUGUUAAAUGGACGGAUAUCGGUGGACAAGAUGAUCUUAAGCAUAAACUCAAACAAGCAAUUGAAUGGCCUUUACUGUAUCCAGAGAAAUUCACUCGUUUGGGUAUUAAACCUCCACGGGGUAUUCUUAUGUUUGGUCCACCUGGUUGCUCGAAGACAUUAAUCGCCAAGGCCUUGGCUACAGAAAGUAAGGUAAAUUUUCUUUCUAUCAAAGGUCCUGAGUUAUUUUCUAUGUGGGUGGGAGAAUCAGAACGAGCGGUUCGUGAGGUAUUCCGCAAGGCACGUCAGGUUGCUCCGUCGAUAAUAUUCUUUGACGAAAUUGAUGCUAUUGGUGGUGAACGUGGUUCCGAAGGUGGUGGAACUUCAGUCAAAGAACGUGUUCUAACACAACUCCUAACCGAAUUGGAUGGUGUUAAUAUUUUAAAAGAUGUUACAAUUGUUGCUGCAACUAAUAGACCUGAUAUGAUUGAUAAAGCUUUAUUAAGACCUGGUCGAAUUGAUAGAAUUGUUUAUGUACGAUUACCUGAUGCUGAAUCACGACGGGAAAUAUUUAAAAUAAAAUUGAAGAAAAUGCCUUUAGCAGAAGAUGUUAGUUUAGAUGAAUUAGUUGCUAGAACUGAAGGAUAUUCGGGAGCAGAAAUUCAAGCAGUUUGUCAUGAAGCUGCAUUAAAAGUAUUGGAAAAUGAUUUUGAUGCUCAGAGUGUGAGUUGGAAAGAAUUUGAAGAGACACUAAAAACUGUACAACCAAGAACUAGUCCGGAAUUGCUGAGAUUGUAUGAUGAUUAUUUGAAACAAAGUUAGUUUGACGAAAUACAUAUUUUUGUACAAGAUUGUUUA